AUGGGUCGGGGUCCGGGCGGGGUAGGGUCCGGCGCCCCCUCUUACGGCCUGUGCUUCCGCAGCUCCGACGGCGGCCCCCCCGACCGCGGCUCCCGCAGCGACCGGGCCCCGAAGAUCUACACGAGGACGGGAGACGCAGGCUUCUCCAGCACCUUCACCGGGGAGCGGCGGCCGAAGGGCGACCGGAUCUUCGAAGCCCUGGGAGCCACGGAUGAACUGAGCUCGGCCAUCGGGCUUGCUGGUGAAUUUAGCAGUGAAAAGGGCCACACGUUUGUUGAACAACUUCACAAAGUCCAGUGUAUGCUGCAGGAUGUGGGCUCCAACAUCGCGACGCCUCUCUCCUCAGCCAGGGAGGCUCACUUAAAACGAACGUCUUUCAGUGAGAAGCCAGUUCUGGAGCUGGAGCAGUGGAUUGACAGUUACUCAGAGCAGCUUCCUCCGCUCAGAGCUUUCAUCUUGCCAUCAGGAGGUAAAAGCAGUGCUGCUCUCCAUUUUUCCCGAGCUGUCUGCCGCAGAGCGGAAAGGUGCGUGGUUCCUUUAGUACAGGCAGGGGAAGCAGAUCCAAAUGUGGCCAAAUACUUGAACAGACUGAGCGACUAUCUCUUCGUUUUGGCGCGUUACGCUGCAAUGAAGGAAGGGAAGGAAGAGAAAAUAUACAUAAAGCCUGAACCAUAACUGGGAGCUGGAAUGUUUGUUUCCUUGAUCGUGGGAAGCUAAAUCCAGCAGACUGCUUUCCCCCAAUCGAGAAAGGGAAAGAGAACAAGCCUGGAUUGGAAAUGUGAGCUGCCAAGAACUUCCAGCUUAAAUAACUAGGACCUUGUUCAUAAAUACCGUGAGGAACACAGCUGUUCUGUUCACUGGGCCUUGUCCAAAUAUCUCUUGUAUAACACUGCGGUGAUGGCAUCAGAAUUACUGUUUGCCCUGGGUUGGAGUUGAGGCAGGAGACUUCAAAGAACUACAGCUGAUUUCUAGAGAUGUCUUCAUUUCCCUGGGCAGCGGCAGGUGCUGUGGAAAGGCUCUGACAGGACUCUGAGGAAUGAAGAAGAGAAAACAAUCAGCUUCUCUUUGGAAGUCAUAAUGCUCGUACAGAACAGCAACUGUGAAGAGAUUCAGGAACUCUGUCCACAAGCUUUGAAAUAAUAAAUGUGAUUUACUUGUACCAAAAGGCCCUUAACUGUCAUACUUUAAUACUGAGCCCAGCGCGCUUUUCUUUUUUAAGUUGCUUUCAAUCCAUCAGCCCUGGCUGAAGCCGAGCUGCGUAGAUUUACAGGAAUGCACUAAGAAUCCUUUGGCUCUGGCUGCCUCUCGUUAUGCAUGUGAAGAAUGUCUCCGUGCUGACAAUCCAGUGCAUCCUCUGCCAGGAACGGGGCUCACGCAGGACAGAGGGAUUAAAGGAGGAAGGGCCAAAUCCUACAGGUCAGGUGCAGGCAAGAUGAUUCUAUCAUUCUAAGCUCUGUUUAGGUAGCUGGGGUCAAUUCCACGUGGCACUGCCCCUCCGAGUGUACAGACCCCUCCGACUUUGGUCCCAGCAUCGCCCUGUGGCCGCAGGUACCAGCUGAAGGAGCAGCGCCCUUGUUUAGUUUGAAUAUCUGUCUACUGGGGACCACUCCAGUCACUAAGUGGGCAGAUAAAGGGGUUGUGAUGAGUAGCAGGGGCCCGGUGCCUCCUCAGCUGACAGCUAGAGUUGGAAGAGAGAGGCUAACACCCAAAGGGGUUCGUAUCUCACACAUCGUAACGUCUGCACUGACCUCAGGAGCGUCGCUGUCACGGAGCCCUCAGCAGAGUAGACUAAGAGCGUGUCCUAGAGCUGGGAGAAUCUGGCUGCAGACAUCACGAUAGCGGAAUGCGGUACUUCAACAGAGAAGACACCCUCUGUUCCAGCUUCCUGAUGGACUGAGACUGCCAAAAAACCACACUCAGUAUGUAAACAAGUGCAUUACAGCCAGCUGAAUGAGUUAACACCUUGCUACCCACGUUGUAGAGAGAACACAGACAAUUACAGUUUUACAGUUAAGUCCAAGCCAGUUCCAGCUUGGAAAUACAACUGGGAAGAAUACAGGUCAGACACGGUGGUUUAAGUCUUCCCCUCCUUGUAUGGAGGAGCAUCACGGAAACCUGUGGGUGGUGAGGUGAUUACACACCAAGGGUGCUUGUCCCGCACCAAGGGUGCCACUUUUAGUGGUGGGAGCUUUUCAGUCAGUCAUGCAGCUUCCUCUGUUCAAUUAUUUAAGUAGAAACAACCUUAAACUUGCUUCCCGAAAGAGUCUCUGGCUUUUGUGUUAACUUUUUAAUCAGAGCAGGGUCAGAGUGAAGAAUGCCCAGCACUAAUAGAUACCGCUGUCUCAUUACUCACCCUUUUUUUUUUUUUUUAAACAGAUAUUUCAUGGCUAUCGUUAAUGCACAUUUUUCACACAGUAAUUUUCCAAGCCUUAGCCUGUAACACAUCCCAAUGACAAAUGCUCUUGAUUUGGACUGUACCGUCAGCUGCAAUGUCACAUCAGACAUUUUCUCAAUGCCUGCUCCAGACAGGCCAUCCAGUUUUAUGAUAGCUCUGUCUCAGUGAUCACGAUUGAACCUUAGGAAUCUAGAGGCUUUUCAAGUUUAAUUGAAUAAAAUUCUUUGCAA